AUGGGACUGGGUACACCAAAAGCUGGCUUUGGGGGAUUCGGAGGGGUCGCAUCAACUUCGCCAACACUGUCCUAUCUUACACCUCCACCCGACUUCUCGGAAAUCCCAUUAGAGGUAGUUGUGUCCUUUAAGAGCCUGUUGAAGAAGGCAAGCGCCACCAAAGAGAAGGCGUUGCAAGACAUCCUAGCACAUGAGCAAAACCGGUCCUCUGACACCAAUGGCCCAGAGGAGUCAGUCCAACUCUACCCUCGGCUAUCCAUCGAUGACUCUGCAAGAGUACGCGAGCUUUCCCACCAAGUCCUGAUCCAGCUGCUCAACUCCGCAAAGAAGCGCAUCGCGAAACACCUUCCACUGUUCGUAGGACCUUGGCUGGCUGGGACAUUUGACAGAGACAGGCGCGUCUCCAAAGCCGCGAGCGAGGGGCUUGCUUCAUUUCUACAAACCAAAGAGAAAGAGGUGGCUUUUUGGAAGUCUAUUCAAGUCCGAGCCCUGGACUAUGCGACGACUUCUUUGAAGGAAACGCCCACGUCGCUCAGUGAUGAACGCUCGACAACCAAACAAGACUCUGAUGCCAAGUACUACCGAGUAGUUGGCGCAAGUGUUUGCUUGACACUGAAUCUGUUGGCAAAAGGAGCACUUGAUGCUCUGAAGGAUGGCAUUGCGGUGUACCUAGAGGUCGAUGCGCUCUGGUCUUUGGCCAAAGCAGAAGAUCCAUUUGUACGGCGGUCAUUCUAUCAUUUAAUUCGAUCAAUCCUGGACACAGCCCCUGAGCUCUUGAAACCAAGACUGCAACAGUUAGGACGGGCGUUGAUCGCAGACAGCUUCAAAGGCAACCAAUCUGGGUCUGCAACAGACUUUCUCAAGGCGCUGACAACUUUGACCCGCCAAUAUUCCCAGGUAUGGGGCACACAGCAACACCCCGUUCAGAGGCUGGAGAAGUUUGUCUUCCGUGGUUCACAAGGUGGAUCUGAUGAGUACUGGCGCGCUUCAAGCCAGCUCCUGUCGGUGCUGACAGACAAGUUCCCGUCACCGUCGUUGGACAUCGUGUCCGCGCUUCUGGGCUCCAUUAGAAAGGGAAUAUUUGAUCGGCUGGAAACCCGUUCUGGUCGCCAACAGGCGUUUGACAUGUAUGCACACGCUAUCGAACUUUACCUACCAGCACUUGUACCGAACGCCGAGUUUGUGAAGGACAACGUCUCGUCUCUCACGCGACAGUUCUUGCACCCAAAUCCUGAAGUCUCUACACCAUCUCCACAACAGCCUGACAUUCUUGUUCAGCUUUGGCAAGCUUUGGUUCGGCACCCCGGUAGUGAAGUCCGCCAGACCGCGGAAUCACAGUGGCAAAAUAUUGUCGACGAGUUCCUCUCGAGAGUAUCGAAUUCCCUGCCUGAGGUCUCAGAACGGUACCAAGCCUCUCAGCUUGCAAUAGCAGCGGAAGGGGAACGAUGGUUUUCUAUACUCUCCAGGUUUUCCAAAGCUGCAUCCCUCCAUGACCUUGCCGUCUCUUCGUCGACCAGUAUCAUACAAAGCGCUUUGGAUUUGCUGCUCAGGCGAAACUUCAAGCCCUUUGGGUGUGCCGCCAUCUUGCAGUCGGCAUAUCGACAUUGCCCUGACAUUUACCGUGGCAUCGACACGACAUCCAUGAUCUUCCCAGCGAACGGAAACGAGCAUGCACGAACUUUGGUCACAACCCCUUCACUGCCUUACAUCAUUUCCGACCUCCAUGAAACAGCCGGCGAUCGUCUUGAAGAAAUUUGGGGCCUGCUUUUUGCGGCUUCUACCCAGAUAUCGGAUCGCGGAGCAAGCAUUUCGGCAGUCAAAACUUUGGUCUCGAUACCCUCCACGUUCAAGUUUGUCCAGGACCUCCCUCAAGCCCAGCAGUUCCUCAUCUCAGUGUGGUCAGAGUUUGCGAAAUCUGAUGAUUUGGGUGCUCCUUGGGCCCAGCUAGCAGAAACCUCUUUGGACUUCAAUACUUUGACAGUCGAGUCCAUCAAAACAAUUACUACCACCGUAAUCGGCCUAUUGGAGGAGCCAUCGUCCCGUGCACCUGCACUUCAGGCCCUAGACUUGGUCCUUACACAUGCGCCUGAGAGCUCCAUCAUUGACGACGAUCUAUCGGUGCGCCUUAUCACUACUUUGCUUGCCCUCACCGAGAUUUCCGAUACACCUAUCGCCGAGAAGGCCAAAGGAUUGUUCCAGUUGCUACAGCAUCGGCCAACAGAGUCUCCACCACUUUUCAGAAUCCUCGCCAGCCAGCUCCAUGAAGCAGGUCCUGCAUCUCUUGAGUAUGUAUUUGUUUCUCAUCUUGGCGUUGGGAUCACUGUAGCUAACAUGUCUAGCAUCGACACAUUGGUUGCUCAAGCGGUUGCCGCUGUCCAGUCCAAGGUCCUUCCAGCCGAGGAUGUUUUUCCAAGUACUGUGGCCUGGCAAACCGAGCUCUCCUGGUUCCUCAACACCCCCAAUCCGUCUUUGUCGUUGACUAGCAGUAUGGAUGGAUCGUACUUCCUCGUCCAGGGCAGCGAAAGUACGAACAAGCCGUCACCAGGUCGCGACAGCAAAGGCCGUUCUUCCCCUGCAAGAAUGGCACUUUUCACGGCGAAGUUGCUAUCAUCCGGUGUCGAGCUCUCGUCUUUGCCUCUGGAGUUUCAGCUGGAACUGAUCUAUCUCCUCUGCGUGACUAACAUGCUCGCGGCCGAUCAGCUCGCACUGUCGGAGGAAAACCGGCUAUGGAGGAACAUCCGUGGUCAAGAUACCGAUGACGAGAUUCUGGAGUACACAGAACUUGCCUCAAAUGAGGUCAGCAACAUUGUCGCUGCAUCUGUGAACUGGCGAGACCUUGACAUGUCAGGAGACACCCUGGUAGAACGACUUGUCAACUUCAUGCUCCAGACAGCCCUGGGCUUCAAUGCUGCUGCCUUUUACACUGCCAAGGCUCUCGCUGCUCUCCUUCAAGCACUGGUCAAGGCUCAUGGACCUUUGGCUAAGUUCGAGGAAUGGCUGACCAAACUCGGUCUUUCCCGCGUCACACCUGACUCGACGUUUGUUGCAGCCGCUAUACUUGUCGGUCUGAAUGAUGCAUUGGCCUCUUCCAAGACCAUCAGCACACUCUGUGCUCGCCUGUUCAGUGAGAUCCCAGGAUACUCCAUUGGAUCUCCCCGCACACUUCCAUCGUUGGUCUUGCUGAAUCUUUGCCUGGCUGUCUAUGAUGAGAGUCAAAUACCAGUGGAGCCACGCAAACAGGUUCUCGUGUUGCAGCAGGUGACCAAGUGGACCGACUCCCCAGAGGAGAUGGACUACAGGCUUGCGGCUGAGACCUGCAAAGCCAUAACUAAGAUCUUCCCCAAUGUCAAGGAGGUUUACGGACCAUUUUGGGAGAAGUCAAUUCAGUACUGUCUUUGGCUGUGGGGUCAGGCUGCGCGCGAUGAUACCAGCAAUCGCCUCCCGUACAUCUACGCAUCGCUCAAGCUGAUGCAAGCGCUAAAAUCGGCUGAGGAGGUCAACGAUGACCUUGAAGAUGCACUUGCAGAAAAUAAAAGGGCCGAGUCCGAGGCCCUGAUCGCCCUCCUGACUGUACCGCACGAUGCGCCAGCCACACUGCCUAGUCAGCUUGUUGAUGCACUCUUAUCGCGGACGGUUUCGAAGAUCCCCAACGUCAAGCUUGGCGAACUAUCCGACGUUUACCAGGCAGUUGCGUCACCGUCUAGAGAUAUCCAAAAGGCUGCGUUUGGCCUUCUCCAUCGGACUAUCCCCGCAGCCCAGGAAGAAAUCAGCGUUAAUGUCAUCAUUGAGAAGAAGCCUGCCAAUCUUCCCGCUGAGCUUCUGUCGCUGCUCCUCAACGCACCGAGCCCCGAUGACUAUACGGAUGAAGAGCUUUACCAGUUUCCAGCUCCAGUCCGAUCUUACCUUCUGACAUGGCAUCUAGUCUUUGAUGCGUACAGCAAGGCUUCAUACCGGGUUCGCAGCGACUACACCGAGAAUCUCAAGAAGGAUGAUCUCAUCAGUCCACUACUGGGCUUCUUGGCCGACGUCCUUGGUCAUGCUCUGGCCAGGGCCAUUGACCUGGACAAAGAAGGCUUCACGCCCGAGCAUGUCCGCUCCUACAGCAUCGACUUGGCUGACUCGGAACCUGCUGAGCGUGAUAUGAACUGGUUACUCAUCCACCUGUUCUACCUGAUCCUGAAGUAUGUUCCUGGUCUGUUCAAGUCAUGGUAUCUUGACUGCUCUUCCAAGCAGACCAAGGUCGCGAUUCAGUCCUGGAUGGGUCGGUUCUUCUCGCCGUUGAUCAUUUCCGACCUGUUGGAUGAAGUGACUGAGUGGUCUGCCAACCAAGGCGACCUCGAAGGCGGGACAGAUGCGGAAGCCCUCGAGAUCAAGGUUAACAAGCCUGUCCGAGAGAUCACUGCCUCGUACCCGGUGGAUGACGACUUUGGCAUGAUCCAGAUCGUCGUGCCUCAGUCGUACCCGUUGGAGCCUGUCGAUGUCAUGAGCGUCAAGCGCGUGGCUAUCAAGGAGGACAAGUGGCAGUCUUGGUUGAAGGGCAUCAAAGCUGUCAUUAUGUUUGGCAACUGUAGCUUGGUGGAUGGAUUGAUGGCGUUCCGGCGAAAUAUCUCGCUUGCGGUGAAGGACCAGGAGGACUGCGCGAUUUGCUACUCGAUCGUGGCGCAGGACAAGAGCUUGCCGGACAAGAAGUGCGGGACGUGCAAUCACUACUUUCAUCGGUAUUGUUUGUACAAGUGGUUUCAUAACAGCGGGAAGAAUACUUGCCCGCUGUGCAGGAAUCCGAUUGACUAUUUGGGGUCGGAUACUUCGAAGAGGAAGGGGGGGAGGUAA